GCAUGUGCGGCAACCUCCGAAAUGGCUGCUGCACUGAUCUUUGUAGGCCUGAACAGGCCUGAAAUCAGACCGGGAUGGGCUGCAGCGGUGUUCUAAGAGGCCAGUGGGGGGAGGGAACCUUUGCAGCCCCUCCCCAUGGCCUUUAGGAUGCCCCCUGAAGGGACUACAGUUUCUAAAGAAAACUCUCCACAGAGAUGUCAACUGAAUAUGUGCCGGCAUCACACGACCUCUCAGAAGACAGACUGGAUGGACGAGAUACGCACUGUAACCACUUAGAUGAUCUUUCUGAACAAUUGCUAAAAAGCUGUGAACUAAAAAAGAUACCAAGAAAGGGGAAAACUCUUCAAGUCUCCCAGAAAAGUGAACAGGAACAGAAAAAACCAAAGAGAAAAGAUACUCCAGCAAUACAUACUCCUCCACCAAUCGCAGGCAUCCUAUCAGACCAUUUGAUUAAAAGGUGUGACCUCUCGGAGAAACUAGCAAAGAGUAAUAUCAGUCCAGCCCUUCCAAACACUGACCAAGAACAGAAAAAACCCAGAAGAAAAACAACACCAGCAAUAAAUACACCACCCCUACUUGCAGGUAUUAAACUGCUUAAAGAAGAUAAACAGACAGUGAUUGCUGAAGAUGAAGAAAAGGAGACAGAAACUUCACCUUUUUAGGUUCCUGUCACAUGGCCAAUCUUUUGUAAAUAGUUCUGUGUAACGGAGUGGUUUGCUGCCCAUACUGCCUUCACAUUUACUAUAUAUUGCUGCUGAGGCAUUUUUAAUUAGAUAUGAAUGAUAUGGAACAUGUUCUCUCUGCACACUCAUAAAUCACAGCAUGUUUUCAGCAGUUUUGAUGACUGCUGCACCUAACCAAAGAAAAGGGCAGGCCAAAGACACUCAUCUUAGGAACAUUUUUAUUGACACUGCAAGAGCAUCCCAUCAAAUAUUAGCAUUCUAUCCAUGCACCCUCUGAAUCCUUUGAAAACUUGGGUUAGGCAUUGAUUUUGACAAGCUGUUAGGGAUUGUUCUGUAAUGAGGUGAAAGUAGACUUUUUGUUGCCUUAUAUUGUGGUGAUUAAUUUUAAAAUACCUUCACUUUUCUUCUCAGUGGCUCCCCUGCUGUGUAGCGAGCCACAGUCCAAGCCACUCUGCUCAUGCUGCUUCUAAUGGUGGGGCUGCUUCGUGGCCACAAAGGAGUAUGUCAUUGUCUUUGCAAUACUACUUCCUUUGGGAAUGACAGGCGUAGCUUCGGAAGUGUGAUGAUGCACUCCUUAGUAACCAUGAGACAACCCCACCAUCAGAAGCAGUGUGGGCAAGCUGCAGAGUGGCUCAGAAGCGGAGAGAGCCCCUCUCUCUUGGCUCAGCGGUUCACUGUGCACGGCAGUAUGUGGGCUGAUAUUUCAGUGUGAUAUUCCUUCCUCCAUAUCCCACUGCCACACAGAGUUUUCUUUGUAGAUUAAGGGUGUUUGGUGCCUCCUUCUGCAAACCAGUUAACUGCAGGAAUAAAAGCUUCCUGGUGGUCUCCCAGAAGACCUGGAAGUCUGCCAGAAAACAAAAAGGUGAGUAGAGGUAUUAAUAGAGUCUGACACAGACUCUGACUGUCAGAAAUCUAGCAAAACUGAAGCCCAACACCCUUCAGAUAUUCACAUAAGCACAGAAUGCCUUUAUGCACACUCAACUGCCUCUUCCGGUGCAUCUAUCAGGCAACCUCUCCCCUUGUUCCACAACUACACAUGCCCCACCUUUCUUCUGCCUGUAGUACACUGUCCCUCCCAUUGCACGGCCUGUGUGAGAUUUAUCCCAGCCAAGCUGACGGUUCACUUCAAUCACAUAAACUGAAGUGUUUGUUGAUAUUCUGUUGCAGCCAUCUCCUCCCUUGCAGUAGGCAACCAACAAUUCAGUUCAUGGUUGCCUAAACUGAAGAGUUGCUUUUAGUCAACAGCCAGGGUUUUUGCCUAUUAAUCAAUUAAUUAAUUAAAAACCUUUUUGGUUGCCCUGAGCGAAUUCUAGGGUUAUGUCACACAUUGGAGUCAUUGCAGUGCCUUGUAUUCACUUCAGGUACAUUAAAACAUGAAAAUGUAAUUAUGAAUCAGCUUUCACAGAUCAUUCUUAUCACUUCAAAUAUCAUGUAACAAUUGCAAAACACCCUGGGAGCUGAGAACAUGUUUGCUAUCACUUAAGCUGCGUGAGCACACUCCAUAUAUCUCAGGAGGCACCUCUAUGGGCUAUUUAUAUGAGGUUAUGUUGCUUUAAAAAGUGCUGUUGGUGAGUGGAGAAUCAAGUCUCCAGUUGUUGAUGUUAAUCCAACUAUUUAAUUUAUAAUACAAUGCUUGUUUAUUAUCUUCAUUUGUACAAGUGAUUUGGUUGCAUUUUCCUCAUUAUCAAAUGUGGAUUUAAUGUAGCACUCAGAAUUAGAAUUUGAUGAGAGCAAUCCAUCUUUGCAACUUUCAAAUUAGAAAAUGCAGUACCAUCUGUAAAGAAACUGUCUAGAAGUGAAGAGUCUGUAGCGUGUGUGAAAUAUUAUAUACUAUGUUAUCUAAUAAGAGGAUGGUAGAAUAAAAAUUAUUUGGUAGAUGAUUCUUAUAAUCAUCAACUUUCUUUUAGGAUGAGCAGAAACUCUUUUGUUUUUAUAUUUGUUUGUUUUUCAGCUUAUGUGCAGUGCCCCUCUCACACUAUUCAUUGAUUUUCAUGGAUGGUUUGAACUGUGUGGUCUUGCAGUGAUGUCAUGCAUCAUGUUAUAUCACCAUUCUGGAAUCACAUGGUGUCUUAUUGGUUGCAUUGCCUUGUAAGGUUGUAUUAUCUGAACUGUGGAAAUGCCACUGCAUCCUGCAUAAUUAUGUACAGAAGAAUUGUAUGCAGCCUACUGGAUCAGGCCAAACAUCAAUCCAACAAUGCAUACAUCAAUCCAACAUCCAGUUUCCAAUGGUUGCUAACCAGACAUAGUGCCAUUCCAUUUGUUAUGUGGUGUCUGGCUAUAGGGACCCAUGUGAUCUUAUUUACUCAAGACAUAGGCAGUCAUUGCCAAGAGCAUUCACUUUGGUGGUUCUGUCAGCAGAAGCAGGACACUGAACUGUGCAUGCAGCAGUAGCAGUAAAUCUAGUUUCAAAAAUAUGACAGUUUUUCUUUAAAAAACAAAUAAUUUCACAUAUAAUUCUGCACCUUCAAAAGGCUAAAUGUUGAUACAAAAAUCAAACUGACCAAAUGUCAACAAUACCCAAUUUUUCCCUUUUAGACAUUUAAUACAGAUUUAUUUGGGCUAAUCUGCCAUUGUCAGGUGAAAAAUGUUUAACAUGUAGAGAUGGAUAGAAUAUAAUGAACAUUAUUUAUCUGAUUUCCACACUGUAAAAUAAAACACACACACCCCACAACCAAUAUAGCAACAAUUCUGUAACUGGAUCUUUUUUUAAAAAAAAACAAUGAAGAUGGGGAUAUCUGUAUGCAAUAUCCUAAUUUGCAGAUUUGGAUUUUUAAAAGAUAAGGUGGGGAGGAAUGGGAAGAACCCUGACAAAUAUGGGACAAAAUCACACCAAGGAGACAAAUGAUGGUCAGAAUGAAUGGAGGGACUAUGCAUAAAUAGGUCCUGCUUCCUUGAGCACCAGAAAGCCCAGAAGGGGUCUUAAAAGGCUAUCUGAUGUUAAUAUUAGAAACUGCCUACAUGUUUCAAGUUUUCAUUGCAACCAUAAGAGUUGGUUUCAAAACCAUGUGAAUGGUGAGAUUCUCAGACUUCUAUAAAGCCACCAGUUUCCACAGCAGGCAACAAGAUCUUGCCUGUGUAAACUCCUAGAACUUCAGCCUAUGAAUGGUCCUUAAGCUGAUGGUACAGUUUCUCAACCAGCUUGCCUUCUCAGUGCUAGUGAUGCCAACCUUCAGCUCUUCCCUUCGUAGUCUAGCAGAGUUUGCAAAUUGCCUAUAUUUGGGCUUCUGUUCUUAUUUGAGCUUCUGUUGUUCAAGGUGGUUUCUUUCUUCAAUAAUGAAUAACAUUGGUAAGGAGCUAUAGAAAAUGAUGGUACUUUGUAUAGUGCCUGGAAUGCUUGAGUCUAGAACCAUCAAUGUACAAGUGUUCCACAAGAAUCACAUGUAUUAUAAUAAAUGUCUCAAAGUUGGUA